CUAAACCCCAAAUCAAGAUCCUAAAACCCUAAUUUUCCUACUGACCAAGAACUCAACCCCCAUCAAUGGAGUUUCAAAAGAGAAAGUUAGCAACUUUAUCUUCAAUGAAUUCACCUGAACCAGACAAAUCACCAAAAGGCAAUAUAGACACACCAAUUAUCCCAUUACUCAACACAAUUAACACACACCCUUCAUAUUUUACAACCAGUUCUUGUUCUGGUAGAAUCUCAAUUCUCUCACAACCCAAAAAAAAAUCAAAAGGAGGCCAAUGGGUGUUCAUAUCUCAUGAAAAAACUCAACCCCAUGUAAUUUUAUCACUCUUUUUUCCAUUAAAUAAGUCAAUUCAGUUAAAUGAUACACUUGUGUUUAGAUUUGAGCCUUUGAUUAUUGCUGUUGAGUGUAAGGAUAUUGAGUCAGCUUCAUUUUUGGUUUCGUUAGCGAUUUCGAGUGGUUUUAGGGAGAGUGGGAUUACUAGUGUUAGUAAAAAAAGAGUGAUUAUUGCUAUACGUUGUUCGAUACGAAUGGAAGUGCCGUUAGGGGAUAGUGAUAAGAUAAUGGUUAGUCCUGAGUAUGUAGAGUAUCUUGUUGAGUUGGCUAAUGAGAAAAUGGAGACUAAUAGAAAAAGAACUGAUAAUUUUCUUGAUGUGUUGUUGAAAAAUGGUUUUUCGGGUUCGAAGAUUGGUAAUGGGAAUGUUUUAGAUAAUGGAAAUGUGGAAUGUGACGAUGGUCCAGUUUGUUCUGAUACGAUGUUGGAGAAUUCUUUGGUUAAUGGUGUUGUUGGAAAUGGAAAUGCUAAAAGUGGAGACUUUGAUAAUUCUUGCUCUGGAUUAGAAGUAUCCCCUGAGAUCAACCUACAGACUGUUAAGUUGGUGAUUUCUGGUGAAGCAAUUGAGAGGCUAUUCCUCUGGGGUCAGUCUGCUUCUUCUGUGGAUAACAAGAAGGUUCUCAUAUUUGGUGGCUUUGGUGGAAUGGGAAGGCAUGCGCGAAGAAAUGAUCUAUUGCUUCUUGAUCUAGAAUGUGGAAGGAUGGAGGUGAUUGAUGUUUUGGAUGCCCCAUGUCCACGCGUGGGCCAUACGUCAUCCACGGUUGGAGAUUCAAUGUAUGUGAUUGGCGGAAGAGCUGACCCUUCAAAUAUUCUGAAUGAUGUGUGGGUUUUCAAUGUGACAAAGAAGGAUUGGAAGCUGUUAGACUGCUCGGGUAGUCCAUUCUCCCCAAGGCAUAGACAUGCUGCAGCUGCUGUAGGUUCAAGAAUUUAUGUAUUUGGGGGAAUUCAAAAUGAUAUAAUCUUCUCAUCACUGUAUGUCUUCGACACACAAAACUUUGAAUGGAGCGAAUUAAAAGUUCAAGGGGAUUCACCAUGUGCACGUCAUUCUCAUUCAAUGGUAGCAUAUGGGACUCGAUUAUUUGUAUUUGGGGGAUAUGAUGGGCAGAGGGCUCUAGGGGACCUGUAUAGUUUUGACGUGAAAACAUGUUUAUGGAAGAAGGAAAAAAUGAUUGGAAGACCACCAGCUGCAAAAUUUUCCCAUUCUAUGUUUAUUUAUAAGAAAUAUCUCGGGAUCAUUGGGGGUUGUCCUGUUAGUAAACAGAAUCAGAGAUUAUCGUUACUGGAUCUGGAAUCUCAUUGGUGGAAACAUAUUACUAUCAGUUCUAUUGGCGAAGACCUGUUUGUUCGUAGUACAGCAAAUAUUGUUGAUAAUGACCUAAUAAUGAUUGGUGGUGGGGCUGCCUGUUAUGCAUUUGGAACAAAGUUCAGUGAACCAGUGAAAAUAGAUCUGUUACCUUUGAUAUCACUGAUAGAAAGUCCCACACAUUUACAUGAGGAAAAUAUGCACGCAACUAAUCAAGAGGAAGAAACAGUGAAAGGAAUGAAUGUUUCCUUUUGUUCCCCACAGCAUGCAGUGGAAACGGUAACAAAUGGAAGCUUUCAUCAGAAUUCAGAGGUUGCUUCCCAUUGGGUUCUUCGGCUCAAAAAGAAAGACGGGAAAAUGGCAAAGGAUUUGUUGAAAAAGUUUGGAUGGUUAGAUCUCGGGAGAAAGGUCUAUUUGCAGGAUGAUGGAAAGGAUAUUUGUUUCCCUGUCACAGAGAACUUUUGUUCUUUAUUCAAAGUAAAAGAUUCCUGUAUGACAGACUUGAACAUUCUGAUUGAAUGUGGAGCAAAUAUACUAGCUGAUGAAAUCGUCAAAGUUAAAAAAGCUUCACAUUCUCCAUUCAAGGUGAUGAAGGAAGCUGUAGCCUCUCUGUUAAGUGACCGAGGUCUGCCAUUGCAACUUUUAGAGGAGUUACCUUCAAGAUGGGAACGACUUGGUGAUAUUGUUGUGCUUCCUCAAACAUCCUUCAAGGAUUCAGCAUGGGACUUGAUUGGACAGGAGCUUUGGUUUAUAGUUGCAAAAUCCCUGGGGACUAAUCGCCUUGCUCGACAAGGGCGAGUUGCACCAACUGGUACGAGGGACAGUACUUUGGAGAUUCUUGUUGGAGAUAAUGGUUGGGUCAACCACCGAGAAAAUGGAAUUCUUUAUUCUUUUGAUGCUACAAAGUGCAUGUUUUCAUGGGGCAAUCUCUCCGAGAAGCUUCGAAUGGGCAACUUUGACUGCAAAGACGAAGUUAUAGUAGAUUUAUUUGCUGGCAUUGGAUAUUUUGUGCUACCGUUUCUAGUGAGGGCCAAAGCCAAGUUUGUUUAUGCUUGUGAAUGGAACCCCCACGCGGUUGAGGCACUUCGUCAUAACCUUGAAGCUAAUCUUGUUGCUGAACGCUGUGUAUUACUCGAAGGAGAUAAUCGAAUUAUAGCGCCAAAAGGUGUAGCUGAUAGAGUGUGUCUCGGUCUCAUUCCCACAAGCGAGGGUAGUUGGGUUACUGCUGUCAGAGCAUUAAGAGACGAGGGUGGGAUAUUGCACAUACAUGGCAACGUCAAAGAUUCAGAAGAAAAUGUCUGGAGAAACAAUGUUUCGCAGUCAAUCCAAGAAAUUGCUAGAUCUGAAGGCCACCACUGGGAGGUAACGGUAGAACACGUCGAGAGAGUGAAAUGGUAUGCGCCUCAUAUUCGCCAUCUUGUUGCUGAUGUGACAUGCAAAAAGAUUCGGACAUAAAAUUUGUUGCAAACAAUUGUUGCUGAGGGAUUCCGUCCAAAUUCAUUAUUGAGUCUUAAACUUAUCAUAUGGACUUUGAAAUUUGAAAUGUAAACCAGAUUCACCAUCUUAGAUUAGAGGGGAAAUAUAUUAAUCAUGUUAAGUGAAGUGUGUGCAGUUUUACUAGCAUUUUUGGGGUGAUUUUUGUAUUGUUUGGAAAACUUUCUGUGAUUAAAGAAAGAAAAGGAAAAUAAUCCAAUUCUCUUG